UGAUAGCGGACCGGACUGUACUGUCGAGGUACCUACCCUACUGUACUGUCGGUAUUUUUCAUCUAUUUUCGUUCUUUACGUCAAAAAGGUGUAGUGAAUUCUAUUUGUGAUUUAGUUCGAGAUAUUUUCUAUAAAUUGAUUAUAAGUUGACGUGAAAGAGGGGGCAAUGAAUAAUUUUUCAUUUAAAUAAUGACAAUUUCAAUGAAAGAACAAGAGCAAGUGCCUGGGGAGAUGGUGUUCCCUGAGGCUAAACUUAAAGCACUAGAAGAGAAAAUUUCACAUUCCCGUUGGGUGGUGCCUGUAUUGCCAGAACAAGAAUUGGAGGCUCUGCUUAUAGCUGCCACUGAACUAGCAACCAAAGGUGAAGAUGUGGACAACCAAGCUUGUCAGCGCUUUUACAAUGAUGCUCUUACUGUGUCAUUCACAAAAAUACUUACGGACGAUGCUGUCUCCUCAUGGAAGAACAACAUACAGCAAUGUGUACGCUCCAAUUGUGAGAAACUGGUUAAACUCUGUGCCAUGAAGUUGGAUGAUGCCAGAUUCUUAAAUUUGCUGUCUAUGGCAUUUAAUCCAAACAAUAAAUUUCACACAUUCAAUGCGUCCAGAACAUGUGAGGGUCUAUCCGUCGUUACUAACUCUACCCCUGUUGGCCAAGGUUCCACUCAAGAGCCUGAAGUAUUUGCUAAGUCACAAGAUCACAGAACGCCAAGAGGAUGGCUGGUUCAUCUCAUUAAUGUUUUUGGGCAAGCUGGAGGGUUUGUAAAACUCAGGGAGAGAUUUGACGAAAUAAUGGGGUUCCAAAAACCUGAUUUGACUUCAUCUUUAAAUUCAGAAGAGAAAAUAUCUACUGAAGAAAAUGUCAAAGAAGUUGAGGAAGGAAAAGAUACAGUCAAUAAGAUUGAAUGUGUUGAGAAUGUUCCAACACUUGGAGAAAGUAGUGAAAUGUCAACAAGUACAUCGCGCAACGAGCAGCCCUCUUCAUUGGAGCAGUCUGUUAGCGGUGAGACUAGAGUAGCGGCCGUCUGGCAAUUGCUGCGGCCGCUCGGUCUUUGCCACGAAUUGCUUACACCACACACUGUCACUACAUACCUCUUACCUGUACUUGAAUGUAUACCCACUCUAUUGGAGAGUUUGACAGAUGAAGAGCUAAAGAGAGAGGCACGUGGUAGUGAGAAUAAGACUGAUACAGUCUCUUGUUUGAUCCGUGCAUGCAAGUAUGUCUCUGUGAAAACACCUCACCAUCACAGCUUGCUAAAAUCAUUUGAAAUGUUUCGAUUGAAAAUGAUUUUACGGCUGUUACAAAUGUCGUCUUUCAAUGGAAAAAUGUCAGCUCUGAACGAAAUAAACCAGCUCAUAAGUACAAUGUCCCAACAACCGAAGCCGGAGUGGCUUACACCGGCAGUUAUAACAAAUUGGAUCCGUGAAAAUAAAGUUGUAGACAUAGUGCUGCGUGACUCUCUCCACCAACCACAAUACGUGGAUCGGCUCGAGAAAAUGCUCAGAUUCAUGAUCAAAGAGAACUCAUUGACAAGAGACGAUUUGGACGCUAUAUGGAAGGCACAGCACGGGAAGCACGAAGCUAUCGUGAAGAAUUUGCACGAUUUGCUUGCCAAACUGGCGUGGGAUUUCACCCCCGAUCAACUUGAUCACUUAUUUGAUUGUUUCAAGGCUAGUUGGGCUACAUCUAGUAAGAAACAAAGUGACAAAUUACUGGAAGUCAUUAGGAGGCUAGCGGAGGACGACAAAGAUGGUGUAAUGGCAAACAAGGUAUUGGUAUUAUUCUGGAAUCUAGCUCACUCGGACGAAGUGUGCACUGAAAUUAUGGACGUGGCGCUGGCUAACCUCAUUAAGAUUUUGGACUACAGCUGUUGUCAGGAUCGGGACGCACAAAAAACCCUUUGGCUCGAUAAAUGUGUAGAAGAAUUAAAAACCAACGAGAAAUGGGUUCUGCCUGCGCUGAAAGUAAUGCGCGACAUCUGUUGCUUGUACGAGGCGGGCGGGCCCGGGCUGAAGCCUCACGUGACGCGCCAAGAGCUCAUCGACCGGCUGCAAACGCAACACUUGCUCGUCAUUCUAGUCACAGACUCGCUCACUCAUUAUAUGGACGGUGUGAGGAAGAAGUUGGCAGAGGAAGGUGAAAUUGAUUGGGAAAACUGGUUGCCAGACGGCAGAUAUCCACACUCUUCACAAGUACACGAAAGAUUAAGUUUUCUGAGGUUUCUUUUGAAAGACGGGCAGUUAUGGCUAUGUGCGGAACAGGCGAAACAAAUAUGGGUGUGUCUCGCAGAAAGACCAGCUCAUCUUGGGGAUCGGGAGGCGUGUUUUCGAUGGUUCAGCAAACUAAUGGGAGAGGAACCUGAUCUAGAUCCAAAUAUAAGCCUGCAUUUUUUUCGCAGAAAUAUUAUGACAUUAUCUCCCAACUUACUGACACAUGCUGGUAUAAGAUGCUUUGAAAGAUUUUUCAAAGCUGUGAAUUCCAAAGAAGGCAAACUCAAAAUUAAGCGACGUAGUUUCUUACUCAAUGACCCUGAUCUCAUAGGAUUAGAUUAUUUAUGGAGGGUGAUAACGGAGUGCGACGACGAUAUCUCGGCUCGCGGCAUCGAGCUGCUGCGCGAGGUGAGCACGUGCGUGGGCCCGCAGCUGUCGCCCGCGCAGCACCACGAGGCCUUCCUCACGCAGUGCUGUGCUCGCACGAGGGCCUUACUACAGGAAGAAAAAGAAGGGUGUACAAAAAUGUGCAGGGUAAUUCGUGCCAUACAGGAAUAUGUAAAUGAAUGUGAUAGAAGAUUUUCCGCGGAACGGCAAAUUCUACCUACCUACAGAUCGGGGCGGGGGAGGCAGUGCACUAUUAUAGUCAGAUUUAAUUUUCAAACUGGCCAAAGGCAAAUCGAGGAUAUAGAAUUAUUCUCACAUUCAAACGAAACACUUCAUUCGUUGCGUACAGCUAUCCAAAGAAGGCUUAAAACAGCAUCAGAUAGUAACAUAAAAUUAGAAGUUUAUUUAAAUAAAUUAGAGCUGUAUAUAAAUGGAGAGCUUUUGGAUUCAAGUCACGACCGCAAAAUCUUGGGUCAAUUGCCCUUACGUGAUAAAACAGUCAUUGUUGCAAAGGUAUACGAUGGCCAAGUGUGUGGUAGCGGCGGCUGCGGAUCUUCAAAUGAAUCCAGCAGCGACUCGAGUACAUCUUCACCUCCACACCCUCCGACCCCGGAACACGCGCUCCCCGGUGUGUUGUUUGCGCAAGGAUCGUGGUACAUACCCUUUAUAUUGGAACUGGAGCACGUCGGUAUUACCAAAGGUCACCCACAACUGACAGAAGCAGCACAUUUACUCACGCAGAUUUGUCCAGCGCAUAAACAGACUGUGGAAAGAUUGACGGAAGCUUUGUUAUGUAAAGAUGAUUCUAAGUUAAAAGAUAUGCUAUAUGGUCAUGCACCACCCACAGUUGCUUACAAUGUAGAGGUUUUAUAUAGUAUGGUAAUGCCAUCAUCAGACACAAGGUUAGAGCGGAGUAGAAGCUUUCAGUUGGCGUGUGUGAAGAAAGCACCGCUUUUGGUGCAGUGCCUCUCAGAUGAUGAGUUCCUAAAAGACGCCGCACCUCACACUAGAAGAGUUGGUUAUUUAGCACUAGUCAGACUAGCUAAGCUGUCGUUAUAUACAUUAGGCCAUUUAUUUGAAAUAUUAGCUCCAGAUGGGUCAGACACUGCUUUAGACAAGGAAUUCAGAACUGACGUCACUAUUUUAAGGGAAGCUCUUCAGACCGUACCAAAUCAUAGCUGUGAACUGAUUGUAAAAGCACUUGCAGAGAAAUUGGCUAACGCUUUAGGGGAACAGGUGGUAACGAGCAGCGAGGACAGUGAAACAGUAUCUUGGCUGGUGUGGUGGCGGCUGCCCACGGCGGCGACAGUGCGCGCCCUGUACGCGCUCGCCUUCUCCGUGUCGCAGCUCAGCGUGCACCCCGACGAGGUCACACUGGUUCGGGAAUGUAUGGAAGUGAUCACGAUAUGCAUGGCGCUAGGAGAAUUAAACUUGGAGAUACUUCUCCAAGAAAGUUGGUGGCAAGAUACGGCACUAUAUCUCAUGAUAGACUGUCCUAGUCCGCAAGUGCGUGUAUCAUGCGCCGAGCAGCUGCUGGCGAUGUGCGCGUGGGGCGGCGGCGGCGGCGCGCGCGCGGCGCUGGCGGCGCUGGGCGGCGCGGGCGCGGCGGCGGGCGGCCGGCUGCGCGCGCACGCGCGGCACGCGCAGCAGUUCCUGCAGCUGCUGUGCAGGCUGGUCGCGCUGGCCGGCCCCACGGCGAGGACGCUAGAUGAUCUCGUCUACGAGGUCGCAUGGUUAAGAGCCGUUCGUGCUAACCCAGAGACAUUAGACGACACACUAUUGGAAGGCCACUUGAAUCUUACCAAAGAAUUAUUCACACACGUUCCCGCUCAAAUAAAAUACCAGUACGGCGCUCAUCCUGACCAUAAGGAUUCUGGAUUGAUCAAGGAGGUGACUACAGAAUUCCUAUGGCCUUAUUCGUGGGCGUGGUGUCAGUCGCACCUGUCGCGAAGUGCGACCGGCGAAAAUGGCGAGACUUCCCAAGAGGAGCCCGCUCCGCCUCUGUGUCGCACCGCCGGAGCCGCCGCGGCUGCUACAGACUUACUGCUGGCGCUGGUACAUGGCUGCGUGCCCAACAUGGCGGCGUUGGUAGCGCUGCUCGAGCAGAUGUUUUAUAGUGAAUCCAGUAUGCCCCUGUCGGAAUGGGAGUACAUGCCCUGCGUAGGGCCGAGGCCGCCGGCCGGUCUGGUGGGGCUGAAGAACGCGGGCGCCACGUGCUACAUGAACUCUGUACUGCAACAAUUGUACUGCGUGCGAGCUGUGCGGGACGCCCUGCUUACAGUGCAAGGAGCUGCCACAGAUCCGAAUGAAGAUUUCUCUGGGGAGAGUCAACAUCACACGCUAGUUGAAAAUAAUAUAGAGAGUAACAGUGAUUAUAACAUAACAAUUUUGAAACAAGUACAAGCAAUAUUUGCACAUUUACACUACAGCAAAUUACAGUAUUACGUUCCAAGAGGAUUAUGGGCGCAUUUUAGACUUCAAGGUGAACCAGUUAAUUUACGAGAGCAGCAAGAUGCCGUCGAGUUUUUUAUGUCUCUAGUAGAGUCUUUAGACGAAGCGUUAAAAUCUUUGAGCCAAGAACAACUCAUGGCUAAGACGAUGGGCGGGACGUACUCUGAUCAAAAGAUUUGUAAAGGAUGUCCUCAUAGGUAUUGUAAAGAAGAGCCGUUUAGUGUGGUAUCGUUGGACAUCCGGAACAUGUCGCGGUUGCAGGAGUCCUUAGAGGCUUACGUUCGCGGCGAGUUGUUAGAAGGUGCAGACGCGUAUCAUUGUGAUAAGUGCAAUAAGAAGGUGGUGACAGUGAAAAGAUUAUGUCUAAACAAACUACCUCCAGUUUUAGUUAUACAGUUAAAAAGAUUCGAAUAUGAUUUUGAAAAAGUGUGUGCAAUAAAAUUUAAUGAUUAUUUUGAAUUUCCUCGAGAGUUAGACGUCGAACCAUAUACAGCGUGGGGGCUGGCGCGGGCGGAGGGGGACGCGGCGCUGUGGGAGGGCGGCGACAACACGCCCGAGACCAACUACCAGCUCAGCGGCAUCGUCGUGCACUCCGGUCAGGCCUCCGGGGGGCACUAUUACUCUUACGUCUUGCUAAGGGACACCGGCAGCGAAACAGGUCGCUGGGUGAAGCUGGACGACGGCGACGUGUCCGAGUGUGCGAUGCACGACGACGAGGAAAUGAAGGCGCAGUGCUUCGGCGGCGAGUACAUGAGCGAGGUGUUCGACCAAAUGUUAAAGAGGGUAUAUAAGCGACAGAAAAGAUGGUGGAAUGCAUAUAUGCUAUUUUAUACAAGAAAGGACACCAUAGAAAAUUCUAGUCUCGAACAGUCUAUGAAGAAUAUGACUUUAAAAGAAAGUGCCAUACCUAGGCCAAUAUGGCUAUCAGUUCGACGAAGUAACAUAGCAUUUUCACACAAUCAGGACCAAUUUAGUUUGGAGCAUUUUAAUUUUAUGAAGAAAUUAUGUUUUAUGCGUUUACAAAUUAUGCCCGGAUCACAAAACGCCGUUUGGGGCCCAGAACAUGAAGAAAUGUCAAUGUUAUCUGUACAGUUAGCAACAAAGUUUUUAUUCCAAGUAGGAUUUCAUACGAAAAAAACGUUACGAGGCCCCGCGGCUGAUUGGCAUGAUAUUUUAUGCCAGCACCUUAGAUGUUCACAAGCAGUCAGAUCUUGGUUUGCGACAGAUCUCUUCAAACACCCUCAUAGGUUAGGUGAUUAUUUAUUAUCGUGUCCGUCAGCCGAAGUGAGAAUAGUUUUUAUGAAGAUUAUAGUAUUUUUGGCACACUUCUCAAUGCAGGAUCCACCAGUGAGCGCGGGAUACGGGUCGUGGUGCAGCCGCGAGGAGGCGCAGUCGCUGUCUGACCAAGUAAUGUGCAGCGCGCGAGCCCUGGCCGCGCCGCCCCACGCCGACCCGCACCACCGCCACCUGCCGCUGCUGUUCAACCUGUUCCACUCGUACGCCACGCUCGGCCUCACCGAGCGGCACCAGCUGCUGAGGUUAAAAAUAUUAGACAUCGUAUUGGCCGUUUGUGUAGAUGACUCGUCAUCUUCACUUGGGAAGUAUCAGUAUCCAGAGUCUGCCAAAAUACAUCAGGUGGUGAGCGUGCUAACGCGGUGUUGCGACGUGAGCGCGCGCUGCCACUCGGCCAACGCGGCGGAAGGCGCCAGCCCGCUGGCCAACCCGUACGCGGAGCCCGCCGCCGGCCUGGCGCGCCCCGCGCUGUCGCCCGCCGCCGCCGACGUGCUGUACAACAGGACGGGAGCCUACAUGAAGAAGUUGACUGAAGAGUGUUGCGGCUGCGAGGAGGGCAUCAGAUUGCUACAGUUCUUGUGCUGGGAGCACACCGGCUGGUCGCGAGUUGCGCUGGCCGAGUUGCUGUGGCAGAUGGCGUACGCGUACUGCCACGAGUUGAGGCGACACGCGGAUGCUCUCGCCGCCUUGCUGCUCAUGGAAGACAGUUGGCAGCACCACCGCAUACACAACGUUAUCAAGGGCGUAUCAGAAGAGCGUCCCGGGCUGCUGGAGACGGCGAUGCGCGCGCGCGGGCACUACCAGAAGCGCGCGUACGCGUGCGUCAAGCUGCUGGUGGGCGUGAUGGCGCGCGCGCCCGCCGCCGUGCGCUGCGUGCACGCGCAGCGCGACGCGCGCCGGCGCUGGCGGCAGCUGCUGGCCUGGCUGCAGGACGAGCUCGUCACGAAAUAUGGUCCAGGUGGAUAUGGAUCUUAUGGGACAUGGUCUCCGCCGGGUACUUCUAAUGAAACUUCGAGCGGAUACUUCCUAGAGCGCAGUAACUCUGCAAGAAAAACGUUAGAAAAAGCGUACCAACUGUGUCCCGAAGAGGACGACGAAGAGGAAGACACGCGCGAGACCACCGAGGGCUCCGUGUCGGGGGAGGCGGGCGACGACAGCGGCGACGACGACGACGAGCGGCCGCCCGACGCCGCGCCCGCGCCGCUGCCCGCGCCGCCGCCCGCGCCCGCCCCCGCCGCCCCCGCCGCGCCGCACGACCCCUGAGCUCUAGUCGCCGUCGCCCCGCUACACUGUACGCUGUCACGCGCCAUCCUCCCGCGCCCGACUGCGGUAUGUGGUAACGUGUUGCUUAAUCUAAAAAUCGAAUAUGUUUCUCGCCGUCGUUUUGACGAGUCCCGACGCCGCAGGAUCUGUGCUUAGCCGUAGUUUGUUCUGUGAUGUUAACGAUACGUGUAGAUUUGUUUCGACCGCGUCUAUAUUUUAUAAGUAUUAAGCGGCCUCUGUCGCUGUUUAUAAACGAUUUAAUUUAUGUUGAAUAAUAAGUUUCGCUUUAAAUAUCAUAGUAUUUAUUCUCGCUGACGUCUAUUCAGAUAACACUUCUCGCAUUAGAUCAUUAUGUAUUCAUCCAUGUAUAGUCUAUGUAACUAAUGUAAGAAAUUUUAAAUCUUGCGAGCGGCUUCCCUUGUCUAGUUUGUUUUUCACGCAAACAAAAUUAUCACAACAUUUUACAGUGUAUUUCCAGUGAAAUAUGCAUUUUUUACCGUAUUUACUAAAAUUUAGAGGGAAAAUAAUGUCAUUAAAAAGUUUUGUAAACUAGCCAAAUUUUUACAAUGUUACAUCUAAAUCUGUUUUUAUCAACAGCUUUUUUAAACCCAUCUACAUUAAAUGGGUUACAUAUUUCUAUAAGUACAUAUUAUUAGGCAGUGGGUUGAUUGGAAUGACGUGAAAUUUAAUAUCAAUGAAUAUGAAUAACAAUGUCCUUGAUGUAUUCCUCGAUCAGUGUCUGUUUAGGCGAAAUAUUCUAAACCCAUAUUAAGCGAAUUGUUUGUGUGGUAUUUACAAACAAUUUUCAAAUAAUUUUGUUUGCUGCCUAAGACAUAUUUAUUACCUAUCUGUAAGCAUUUCUUGGAGUGUCUGAUUUUUACUAGCUAAAUAAAAAAGUGCAAACAGAAAAUAAAGAAAAAUAAGAUUUGAUUUUGGUACUUAAAUUUACUAAAUUAUUACUUUAAUAUUUUUCCUAUAAAUCUACAAAUGCCUCGAUGGUUUUGUUAGCUUUAUCAAAUGCAUUUUAUAAUGGUUUAGGUAGCAUUGAGUUGCACUAGAUUGCGUUUGCAUAUAAUAUUGUCCGUUACUACACAACUUUUUGGUAUUAUUAUAGAAUGUAUAGUAGUAGAUAAUGCUAAGUGGGUGCUAUCUAUGAGUGUCACUUGAUGGGCGAUCACUUACAUUUACAGAUAAACUAUUCUUAACAUGUGUUACAUAAAAAUGUAUUGCUUCAAAAGAUUUUAAUUACAUAAUAGGCUUGACUUGUGAUUGUCUUAUAGAUAAGAAAUAAAAUAGAUUUUUAACCUAUAUAAAUAAAUAUGUUACAUCAUUACAAUCAUUACAUUGUAUAUUUGUCAAGCUAGAACCCCCUAUAUGUUUCGGUUCAUUCUGACAUUUUGGGCUAAUAGUUGCAAGAAAAAGCAAUUAAUAUCUUUGCCAUUCAGUUUAAAAACUAGCUGACACAAUCGAAAUCACAAUGAUCUUGACGUUUUUUGACAUUAUGCCGGCAACAAUUUCUGCUAGGUGUAUGCUUUGACCUACAGCGGUCACGCAGGGCGCAGUCUGUUAAAUACGAAAGUCACAAUUGACAUAAGUACAAUAUUUUCAGCAAAAUUAACCGUAAAAUUAUCUAUUAAUUAUGAAAAAUCAAUGUCGGCCUUACUUUUCAGUGAUUCUCGUCUUGUAAUUAGCAUUCCUUUUAAGGUAACUCUACUUUCCUAAUUUUGACUGCGUGUUCAAAAUUAUUUUUAUGCGCUCAUUUUAUGUUUGAAUCAGUAAAUAAACUAGAAGCUAGUAAUUAUCAUUACUUAGUAUUUCAAGAUUGCACUUAAAUAUCACAAUACUCUAACUGAAAUGUAAAUCUUGUUUUUUUUAUGUUGUAUGUACAUAGAAAAAUGAUGUCAAGGGCCCAAGUAAAUUGGCCUAAAACUAAAAAAAAAACAACAUUUCAGUACUAUUUUUCUUAUUUAGUAUAUGCAUUGUAAUACAAAUUUAGUUUUAUUUAAAUGAAAGUGUAGAUAUAGGUAAUAGUGACUAGUCUAACAGAAAAAUGUUGCCACUACGUCAAUAUUCUGCUUUGUUAUAUACGUUAUUUAUUUUUAUAUUUGAUAAUGGUUGUAAAAUAUUUUCCUUCUUUCUAGUGGUAAAUCAUUGUUUUAAUUCAGACUAUCGGAAGAAUCACAUCACACACGCUCAGUGUUUGUUAUAACACCAUUCAGAGCGUCGCGUUCCCCAAGCAACGUAAAUUUAACGCACGUCUAUUUCGCACGUUAUAUGUUACUGUCUGAUAAAACUGAGUACUUAUGUAGAUUUCAAUUACUAAUUUGUAGCACUAAUAGAACAUAAUAAAAAUUUUGGUCGCAUUGACCUUUGUGCCUUAUUUUUACUUUUGUUUGCUCAAUUGCUUGCACAUAGUUUUUAUCUCUUAACAAAUAUAAUAAAUACACCUUUCUUUUUUGAUGUAUUUCUUUACAAAAGUUCAAUAAUUAGGACAAAAUAAAACAUUAGAAAUCUGAUUAAUAAACUGAUGCGUUGUUAUUACCAAAGAUCGAGUUAGAUUGAGGGAUUUAUAGUGGCCCUUUCUCAUAAUAGCUUAGUAUUUGAAAUGUUUUGUAUCUUUUAUAAAACACAAAAGUUAAAAAAAAUUGUUAAUCAGAAAAUGUGAUUGAUCUUAGGUUUAGAUAAGGAAAUAGAAUGUGCCCUUAGAAGCAAAUGCUAAAGCUAAGCCAUCCUGUUAUCUAUAGAAUGACUUUAUCAACGAAUUUCAAUUAUCUUUUUUACUAUGAAAAAAAGCUAAUUGAAAUCUGCCUGUAAGCUUUUAUCUAAACUAUAACAGUUUUAGCGUAUGAACCAAAAUCAAAUAGUUUUAAGUAAUGAACUUAGAAUCAGAAUAAAUCUUAAAUUUGCUACGAGGCACUUUGAAGUCGUUCUUUAUGGAAAAACUAUGUCAUAUGUGUAUAUUUCACCUGUGGUGUAAAUGUCUAAUGAUAUAAUUGUAAGAACAGUUGAGUUUUGUAUAACGUUUCUAUGGCAAAUAUUAAAACAAAUGGCAUACAGCAUUUGACAUUAUACAAGAAUGCUCACAACGUAGCAUUCAUACAGAUAUUAUAAUAUUAAAAUCAAGAAUAAAUUCGAAAAUUUUA